GUAGUAGAAUUAUAUGUAAAUUUUGGUCUUACUGGUUUCUGAGCAAAAAAAGCGAAGUCAACAAUUUGUUCAUCUGAGAUGAAAAGGGAGCCCCUAAAUGAGUUAAUAUUCAGUGGAGAAUUAGAGUGCGGAAAUUUCAUUAAUCAGGCCUGAGGUUCCAGAUGAAUAAGUCUUAGGUUCAGGUUCAAGGAUGAUGUAGAGGGACAGAAAAAGGAUGGACAGAUGUAUCUUGGCCCGCUGGAGUUAGAUUUGGAAGUGUUCAAUUUCAGUUAAUUUCACACUGUUAGGUGUGGAAUGAUACGUGGUUUACUGACUUAGGGUUGUGGUUUUCAAAUUGGAAGUACACAUACUGUUCAACUGAAGCAGUUUUACUUUAAAAUUUUGGCCAAGGGAUUCAUCUGCUACAAAACACAAGCAUUAACAUGAAUAAGGUUAAUUGAUUCCAGAGAGGAGCUGCCCUCUCAAACUCUUCAAUAUGAGAAGCCAAAAAGACGAUUGUAACAAGAGUAAAGCCACACUUCCCACAGAAGCUGGUAGUGAUACCCAUUGGGGGGAUUGAUUGGGUCUUGAAUUUCUAUAACCUGGGAAUAGAAAUGGAUGUUAUAAAGUUCCCUCUUAAACAGCUCAGUUACCAGAAUUUUAUAUCCAGCUUAAAGCCUCAUGGGGGAAAAACAAUUCUCAUAGAUAUUACCACCCUUUUUUCCUCGGCAGCCCAGAAUCAGGGCAUAGUUCAGGUGCUUGAGUUUUGUUUUAACCCUCCUGGCCAAGUAGGCCUCCCACAUAAAGCAAUCCUAUUCCUAACCAUAGGGACAGGCACACGGGCACUCCUGUUUAUUCCAGAAACAUUUGUGCAGCACCUAACACAUGGGAAGCAUCAUCCUUGCUAGGUCCUAAGUGUUUAAAGCCAAAGGCAUGAUUCCACCCUCCAAGAAGCUCACAGUUUAAGAGACAGUGUGACCAAACAGUAGUGGUACUUCCCUGGUGGUUUAGGUUACUGAAGGGACAGGACCUAGCCACCAGUGCCAGACCAUGCUCAUACUCCUUCUAAAGUUCCCAUCCACAUCCAUAGUACAAAGGCUUCUCCCAAGUACAUUCUGACCAGAGAACACAGGGAAAAGUGGUAACACAAAGAGUAACACUCUCCGGCCACACGUGUCCAAAACUAGCUUCUUCCUUAGUCCUCCUGCUAUGUCUGCAUAAAAGUAGGAAACAGAAAAUGCCAAUGUGCCAGGGACUGUCCUAAUAACCAUGUAUCAACUGAUGCCUCCCAAUACCCUUAAAAGGUAUUUUUAUUCUCAUUUAUACUUGAGGAGAAUGAGGCAUAGAUAACUUGCCCAAGGAUAUUCAGUAAGUGUAGGAGCCAGGAUUUGGUCCAGGAAGUCUCUGAUUCUCAAAGCACAAGCUCUUAACUACUGAGCUGAACUGCUGUGAAAGCACUGGACUUGAAGUUACUAAGAAAAUCACAACUCUUAUGUCUGUUUCUCCAGCUCUAAAACAGAAAUGAUUCAGUCUUCCUCACAGGUUUUGAUUAAAUGAAAUAAAAUAUAUAUACAUACACACACAUAUAUCCACACACACUAUGCCUGGUGUUUGGCAGGUUGCAAUAAAGUGAUUCAUGCCUUGCUAAAUCCACAUAGCUUAAUCUAAACUAGUAUCUAUGCUCUUCAGAAAACUGGAAUUUCUAGCCCUUCCACUAUGUGAGCAUAAAAUAAGUCUGCAUCUCAGAAGAGGACACUUACCUGACCACGCUGGUACCCUGACCUCAGCCUCCAGAACUAGAUAAGUUAUAGAAGAGCUGCCAAGAUGGCAGAGUAGAAGGACCCUAAGUUCACCUCCUCUCACGAGCAGACCAAAAUCACAACAGUCUGCAGGACGACCAUCACUGAAAAAGACUAAAACCUUCCAGAAAAGAUCUUCUACAACUAAAGACAUAAAGAAGGAACCACAAGGAGACCAGUAGGAGGGGCAGACUGACAAUACAAUCAAAUCCAUACCCCCGAGGUGGGUGACCCACAAACUGGAGAAUUACAUUACAGAGGUUCUCUCAUAGGAGGGAGAGCUCUGAGCCCCACAUCAGGCUCCCCAGCCCAGGAGUCUGCCACUGGGAAAAGGAGCCUCCAGAGUAUCUGGAUUUGAAGGCCAGCAGGGCUUGAUUGCAGGAGCUCCAUAGGAUUGUGGGAAAUACAGACUUCACUCUUAAAGGGUGCACAUAAAUUCUCACGUGCACUGGGACCAAGGGCAAAAGCAAUAAUUCAAUAGGAGCCUGGGUUGGACCUGCCUGCUGGUCUUGGAGGGUCUCUUGGGGAGGUGGGGGGCAGCUGUGGCUCACCCUGGGGACAUAGACACUGGUGGCAGACAUAUCAGGGAGGAUUCAUCCGUGUGAGCUCUCCUGGAGGCUGUCGUUUUGGAACCAAGACCUGGCCCCACCCAACAACCUGUAGGCUUCAGUGUUGGGAUGCCUCAGGCCAAACAACCAUCAGGGCAGGAACACGGCCCCACCCGUCAGCAGACAGGCUGCCUAAAGUCUUCGUGAGCACAGCCACCUCUACACACGUCCUUAGACAUGGCUCUGCCCACCAUCUCUAGAAGACCAAGACCCAACACCAUCCACCAAGGGGCAGAUAGAGGCCCCUCCCACCAGGAAGCCUGCACAAGCCUCUAGACCAGCCCCACCCACCGGGGGACAAAGAGAAGCAAGAAAACUACAGUUCUGCGGCCUGCAGACAGAGUCGGCAAACGCAGGCCAGACCCUACCCUGGGACCAGCUGGCCCUUGGCCCUUGGGUGAUAAUAAGGGAGUGCACUGCUGGGACACAUAGGAUGUCCCCUACAGAGGGCCACUUCUCCAAGGUCGAGAAAUGUAACUAACCUACCACAUACAUAAAAAUACGAAUAGCAAUUUAGACAAAAUGAAGUGACAGCAGAAUAUGUUUCAGAUGAAGGAACAAGAUAAACCCUAGAAGAAGAACUAAGUGAUGUGGAGGUAGGUAAUCCACCUGAGAAAGAGUUAAGAGUAAUGAUCGUUAAGAUGAUCAAAUAACUCAGGAGAAGAAUGGAUGCACAGAGCGAGAAAUAAAAGUUUUUAACAAAGAAUUAGAAAAUAUAAAGAACAAAAAAACAAUUGGAGAAUACAAUAACUGAAAUGAAAAAUACACUGUAAUGAAUCAAUAGUAGACUAAAUGAAGCAUAUGAACUGAUCAGAGCUGGAAGACAGAGUAGUGGGAAUCACUGCCACUGAACAGAAUAAAGAAAAAAGAAUGAAAAGAAAUAAGGACAGUUUAAGAGACUGCUGGGACAACACCAAAUGCACUAAUAUUCACAUUGUAGGGGUCCCAGAAGGAGAAGAGAGAGAGAAAGAGCCUGAGAAAAUACUCGAAGAGAUAAGAGUUGAAAACUUCCCUAAUAUGGGAAAGGAAACACUCACCCAAGUCCAGAGAGUGCAGAGAGUCCCAUACUGGAUUAACCCACAUUAGAACACACCAAGACACAUUGUAAUCAAAAUGACAAAAAUUAAAGAGAGAAUAUUAAAAGCAACAAGGGAAAAGAAAUAACAUACAUGGGAAUUCUCAUAAGGUUAUCAUCUGAUUUUUCAGCAGAAACUCUACAGGCCAGAAGGGAGUGGCAUGAUAUACUUAAAGUGAUAAAAGAGAAAAACCUAUGACCAGAAUACUCUACCCAGAAAGGCUGUCGUUCACAUUUGAUGGAGAAGUCAAAAGCUCUACAGACAAGCAAAAGCUAAGAGAAUUCAGCACCACCAAACCAGCUUUACAACAAAUGCUAAAGGAAUUUGUCUAGGUGGGAAAAAAAAAAGGCCACAAUUGGACACAAGAAAAUUACAAAAAGGAAAAGCUCACUAGUAAAGGCAAACACAGUAAAGGUAGGAAGGAAAUCAUCCACACACAAAGCUAGCAGGGAGGUUAAAAGACAAAAGUAGUAAAAAUCACUUGUAUCCACAGUAAGCAAUUAAGGGAUACACAGAACAAUUAGAUGGAAAAUAUACCAAAAACAGUAAUCAUGAGGAGAUGGGAGUAUAAAUGCAGGGUAUCUAAAACGGAGUUGAAAUUAAGAGAUCAGCAACUUAAAACAAGUGCAUAUAUAUAUAGACUGCUAUAUAAGAACCUCAUGGUAAAAGCAAAACAAAAAUCUAUAAUAGAUAUACACACAAAAAAAGAAAAAGGAAUCCAAACAUAACGCUAAAGAUAGUCAUCAAAUCACAAGAGAAGAGAACAAAAGAAGAAAGGAGGAAGAAAACACCUAUAAAAACAAAUCCAAAAGGAGACAUCACAACCAACACCACAGAAAUACAAAGGAUCUUACGAGACUACUACAAGCAAAUAUAUGCCAAUAAAAUGGACAACCUAGAAGAAAUGGACAAAUUUGUAGAAAGGUACAGUCUCCCAAGACUGAACCAUGAAGAGACAGAAAAUAUGUUCAGACCAAUUACAAGUACUGAAGUUGAAUCAGUAAUUUAAAAGCUUGCAACAAGCAAAAGUCCAGGACCAGAUGGCUUCAUAGGUGAAUUCCACCAAACAUUUAGAGAAGAGUUAACACCUAUCCUUCUGAAACUAUUCCCAAAAAUUGCAGAGGAAAAAAAAAAUGCAGAGGAAAAAAUUGCCUCUUAUAGGAAAACAUAGGAAGAACACUCUUGGACAUAAAUCACAGCAAGAUCUUUUUUGACCCACCUACUAGAGUAAUGGAAAUAAAACCAAAAAUAAACAAAUGGGGCCUAAUGAAACUUAAAAGCUUUUGCACAGCAAAGGAAACCAUAAACAAGACGAAAAGACAACCCUCAGAAUAGGAGAAAAUAUUUGCAAAUUAAUCAAUGGACAAAGGAUUAAUCUCCAAAAUAUACAAAGAGCUCAUGCAGCUCAAUAUCAAAAAAACAAACAACCCAAUCAAAAAAUGGGCAGAAGAUCUAAAUAGACAUUUCUCCAAAGAAGACAUACAGAUGGAUAAGAGGCACAUGAAAAGAUGCUCAACAGCACUAAUUAUUACAGAAAUGUAAAUCAAAACUACAGUGAGGUAUCACCUCACACUGGUCAGAAUGGCCAUCAUUAAAAAAUCUACACGCAGUAAAUGCUGGAGAGGGUGUGGAGAAAAUGGGACACUCUUGCACUGUUGCUGGGAAUGCAAAUUGAUACAGCCACUAUGGAGAACAGUAUGGAAGUUCCUUUAAAAAAACAAAAUAUAGAAUUACCAUAUGACCCAGCAAUCCCACUACUGGGCAUAUACCCAGAGAAAACCAUAAUUCAAAAAUACACAGGCACCCCAAUGUUCAUUGCAGUACAAUUUACAAUAGCCAGGUCAUGGAAGCAACCUAAAUGUCCUUUGACAGACGAAUGGAUAAAGAAGAUGUGGUACAUAUAUACACUGGAAUAUUAGCCAUAAAGAGGAACAAAAUUGGGUCAUUUGUAGAGACGUGGAUGGACAUAGAGACUGUCAUGCAGAGUGAAGUAAGUCAGAAAGAGAAAAAUAUUCUAUAUUAAUGCCCAUUUGUGGAAUCUAGAAAAAUGGUACAGAUGAACUGGUUUGCAAGGCAGAAAUAGAGACACGGAUGUAGAGAACAAACGUAUGGACACCAAGGGGAGAAAGGGGGAGUGGGAUGAAUUGUGAGAUUGGGACUAAUAUAUAUACACUAAUAUGUAUAGAAUAGAUAACUAAUGAGAACCUGCCAUAUAGCACAGGGAACUCCACUUUGCUCUACAGAAGAAACUAACACAACAUUGUAAAACAACUAUACCCCAAUUAAAAAAAAAAAAAAACAGGAAUUUCAGGUUGUAUUUCCCCCUUUACUCAAGAAUUAUUUCAUACCAUGCUUCCUUUAAUAAAUAUUGAGGAGGGACUUCCCUGGUGGCGCAGUGGUUAAGAAUCCACCUGCCAAUGCAGGGGACACGGGUUUGAGCCCUGGUCUGGGAAGAUGCCACAUGCCACGCAGAAACUAAGCCCUUGUGCCACAACUACUGAGACUGCGCUCUGGAGCCCGCGAGCCACAACUACUGAGCCCGUGCACCACAACUAUUGAAGCCCGUGUGCCUAGAGCCCGUGCUGUGCAACAGGAGAAGCCACCACAAUGAGAAGCCCGUGCAUCGCAAUGAAGAGUAGCCUGCACUUGCCACAACUAGAGGAAGCCCGUGCACAGCAACAAAGACCCAACACAGACAUAAUUAAUUAAUUAAUUUUAAAAAAUUAAAAUAAAUAUUGAGGAAUUUUCUGAAUAAAUAAAUAAAUUCAAUGGUGUCUGUGAUAAGAGUGGGCAGUGGACCUAGUAUAUGGAAAUUGUGGGUAAUUAUCAGAACAUUUCAACUGUUUCCACUGGUACAUUUUCUCUUUAUAUUUCUCUUUACAUCUGCAAACUGCUGAUUCAUUCCUUUGCUAUUUUCAUGUUGGCAUAUUUCUCCCAUGCAUUCUUUGCAGGUAUUAUCUCCAAGAUGGUGCCUCAAUUGUGUCUUCAAAAGGCCAUUCCAUUGCACUGUCGGGGUGGCAGCUUCUAGUUGGUACAGUAUGCAAUAGGACAGUGGACUCUAUGGUUAUGCGUCCAUUGCCACAUCUCCUUUGAGCAUGCAUGAUCAGGGAUCGAACCCGUGCGCCCUGCAUUGGGAAGAUGGAGUCUGAACCACUGGACCAACGGGGAAAUUCCUGAUUUCUCUUUUAAUUCACAGGUGCUGUGAAUAUAAAUCCUCUGAGUGCAAGGCCAUGGCAGAGAAACGCUCCAUGGGCAACCGCAUUAACCUCCCCUACAGAGACCUGGCCUCCGAGGUGACCAAGCGCCGAAUCACCAUGACCAUGAGAGAAGAGAGAUUUACCAAGAAAAGUGAUGAAGCCGGGGAGAUACCCUCAGAUAUGGAUUUGGGACAAGCUCGUCCUCCUAGUGCAGCUGGCUCCGAAGUACCCCCAGCCCCACCUCCUUCUCCAACUGAAGACUCCAAAGUUUCCUUCUUAAGCACCUAAAACAUCAAUCAUUUUGAACUAGACUUUGACAGAAAACUCCAAAAAACAGUUUCCGUGAAGUCACUGGGGUUGGCUUUGAAGACUCUCUUGGAAAAUCUUUGUUCUUUCUUUCCUAGUUUUCUUCUCCUACAACCACUGUUGAGCAUUGUUUAUCCUUACUUAUGCACUUAGAGUAAUCUUUGGUUUCUCAAGCCAAGUCUCUGAUGUCUCUGUUUGGUCUUUAAUUUAUGCCACACGGU